AUGGGCAGUCGCGCGGUCUCCCUUCUCUCCACCGUCGGUCUCCUACUGAGUCCCGUUUCUCUGGUGCUAGCCACCCCAGUGGGCAGUGAACCUCGCGCCCUGGGACAGACAUUCCUAGGCAGCGACUCAGUUUCCGCACCAUCCUCUCAAUCCGUCGAACAUACAGGCAACCACGAACAUGAUACCACCUACACCGACUCCGACUCCGUCGCCGCAACGGCCGCCCCCUCAUGGUUCACAUCGACGCUGAUGGCGCGCCGACUCCUCGCACUCUCCACCACCGGCGUCAUCUCAACAAUCUUCCCCUCUCCUGCCCCCGACAAAUCCCACACGCCCGCCUCCCUCGCCGGCCAAUCCGUCAGCCUCCGCGAAUACAUCUCCGACUGCGACGAGCACCUCCCACGGGACACCUCCCACGGCGGCAACGGCGACCCCACCCUUCUCGGUCUACGCGUCUCCUCCACCUUCCGCAACAUCGCCGCCGGCUCGAACCUCAGCGUCUCCAUCGACUGGUGGGAUCACAUUAAUGACACGAAACCCGUCUUCCCUGGUUUCCCGCUCAGUGAGGCCGGGUUGCCCCGCGUUACGUUGUUCGGGUACGUCGAGGAAUUCCCGACUCCCGUGCCUGAGGACACCAGCGAGGCUUUGACGAGUUGUUAUACGAAAGCCCAUCCUGAUGCUCGGGUCUGGUUGCCUGGGAAGGCUGGGUCGCCGCAUUCGAGCUUCUGGGCGAGAAUGGUGGUUACGGAGAUUUAUUGGAUUGGGGGCUUUGGCGGGUUGCAGCAGAUCGGGUGGAUUAAUGCGACCGAGUGGAAGGGGAUUCGGAGGACGGGGAGUUUGGAGGGCGUUGGUGACGGGAGGGGAUGGGAGGAUGUGAGAUUGCCUGGGGAGGCUAACUAG